GUUCUUCCUUCUGCGCUGGGAGAGGGGAGGGGGAGGGCAGGAGGGCAGCUGUGCGCAGGCGCGGACUUGGACGUCCCUUUUCCUUGUAAAGGUUCCUCCCGUUCCCCGCCAGUUCGGGCCGAUCCUGAGCAGGGGCGAUCUGGCGCCGAAGCGCCGGCUCCGAGCGCGGGAGUGCGCGCGCCCGAGGGUGCCCGUGGGAAAGCAGACCUGCAGUAGCUGGGCGUGUAACGGAGCUGCGUCAGCAUCCAGCGUGGGCAGAGAAGUCUGACUCCAUCCUCCCUCUCUGGGCUCCCUCUCCUUCCCCAGGGCAGCUGGAACAGGACCCAAGCCCGGAACCAGAGAUAUGGCCCCUGACAGCCUGAGACCCUCUUCCCAGGAAUUGAUGACAAUCAAGGAUAUUAUGGUGAACUUCACUGAGGAGGAAUGGGGGCUCCUGGACCCUUCUCAGAAGGAGCUGUACAAGGAGGUCAUGCUGGAGAAUGUCCAGAACCUGCUGUCCCUGGAUGUAGAAACUGGGUUCAUAGUAAAUGAGAUGAGUAAAAAGCUGGGAAUUUUUGUGGAAGAACAUGACCUGCAAAGGUUCGUGGAUGCUCCCUGUGAUUUCAGUUUGAAGGAAUUGCAUGAUUUGAAUCUCAAAGUAGAUAGAUAUCCAAAGAAUGAUUGUGAAUUGGAUGAAAUUGAAAAGAGAUUCAGAUGGACUUCUAUCCUAAAUCACUGUAAAAAAAUGACCUCAGGAAGUGAUUAUCUUCAAGGUAGUGAAUACAAGAAAUUCUUCACUGAAGAGGUAGAGCCAUUGGUUCCAUGUAAUCAAUGGGAUAUCACUGUAAAGUGGAGUUCAGACCUCAGUGGCCAUCAGAAAAGUGAUACUGAAGAAAUGGUUUCCAUAAGUAAUAAUGAUGAGAAGGCUGUCAGGCAGAGCUCUAAUCUCCUUAUUCAUCAGCAAAGGAAUAUUAGAAAAGAACCUGAUGAACAUAAUGUAUGUGAAGGAACCUCAUCCUAUCACUCAUCUCUUCCUUACCACCCUGGAAUUAAAAGAUUUGGAUAUGAUCAGUGUGGGAAAGCCUUUGGUUGGAACUCAGCUUUUAGUAACUCAGAGAAGGCUUAUCCUGGACAGAUGUCUCAGAAAUGUACUAAAUGUGGGAGAGCUUUUUAUUACACAUCAUUCCUGCUUGACCAUCAGAGAAUCCACCCUAGAGAGACGCGUUAUUUAUGUCUUCAGUGUGGAAAUCCUUCCAUAUGCAAUCAAUGUGGAAAAACUUUUACAGGUAUCUCCAGGCUAGCAAAACAUAAGAAAACCCACACCAGAGAGAAGGCUUAUGAAUGUAAUCAAUGUGGAAAGACUUUUAGAUGGAGCUCCCAUCUUGCUAGACAUCAGGGAAUCCACAGUGGAGAGAAACCUUUUAAAUGUAGUCAGUGUGGAAAGGCUUUCACAGUGAAGGGCAAUCUUGCUAGACAUCAAGGAAUCCACACUCGGGAGAAACCUUUUAAAUGUAAUCACUGUGGAAAGGCUUUCACUCAGAGUUCCUAUCUUGCUAACCAUCAGAGAAUCCACACUGGAGAGAAACCUUUUAAAUGUAAUCUUUGUGAAAAGGCUUUCAUAAGUAAUUACAGGCUUGCAGAACAUCAGAGAGUCCACACUAGAGAGAAACUUUUAAAGUGUAAUCACUGUGGAAAGGCUUUCACACAGAGUUCCUGUCUUGCUAACCAUAAGAGAAUCCAUUGGAGAGAAACUUUUUAAAAUGUAAUCAAUGGGGAAUAUGCCAUCUGGAAGAGGGAGUGGGAGGAAGGAGGGGAUAAUUUGGAACAGAAGUUUUUGCAAGGGUCAAUGUUGAAA